GCCUUGACCUAACAGGGAGAUUUCUCUUUGCAAUCUUGACUCUGAUGGUGCUAAUUGCCAAUCUGGUGUUUAUAGAGGAAGCUGUCUACAUCCACAGGAAAAUCCCCUCCUCUAAAAGAUCGGUCAUUAUUUGGAUUAAUGCUGCAGCUCCAGUGAUCGCUACUACUUCAUGCGUUGGCAUGUGGAUUCCUCGCUCAACAAUGUUUACAGAUUUCACAGCAGCAGUAUUUUUUGCCAUAGUUAUCCACAAGUUCCUGAUGAUGAUGAUUAAAGAGUGCGGAGGUCAAAAGCUGCUCCUCAGGCGGUUUGAAAAUGAUCGCUUCAAGAUCAGCACCGGUCCCUGCUGCUGCUGCUGCCUUUGCCUCCCUCGUGUGCGCAUCACUAGGCGAACUCUCUUCUGGCUGAAGCUGGGCACCCUUCAGUUUGCUUUCCUUCGACCCGUGCUUAUGUUUUUAUCAAUAGUGCUUUGGACUAAUGACAAUUACACCCUUUACGAUUUAUCUCCCAAAGGAGCUGCAAUAUGGAUUAGCUGCUUCGUUGGUGUCCUCACCAUUAUUGCGCUGUGGCCAGUUGGCAUCAUGUUCCAACAAGUUAGGACUCUCCUUAGCUGUCAGAGGAUCAUCCCAAAAUUUGCUCUUUAUCAGUUUAUUCUCAUUCUGAACCACUUGCAGACAGCUAUUAUCAACAUCUUGGCCAUGAGAAGAAUCAUUCCCUGUGCUCCACCGCUCUCCUCUUCAGCAAGAGGAGCAUAUAUGACCCAGCAGCUCCUCAUCAUGGAAAUGUUUCUGAUAACCCUGAUCUCAAGGGUGGUCUAUCGGAGAAGGUACAAUGACCUAGAGCCUCUGGAGUGUACGGCUGAAGAAGCUGGGGACAACAAGCAGACUCCUAAGACUAUCCUGAAUGGUGCAGUUAGUGAAGACAGCUUGCCAAGGGUUUAG